GUGAGAGUUAUGACGGAACGCGAGUGAGAGAGAAAGCUGUUGUCCAAGGUAUACUGUGUAGAGAGUUGAAGUGUAAUUCUUUGCUAUCUCUGCUGCCCGCUCGCUUUAACGCCAGACGAUUCUCCGCUAGGCUGGGCGUGUUUUGGCCACUGACUCCGCUGAUUGUUUGGUAGGCCCUACGCACACACACAUUGAUUACUCAAUAGUGUAUGUACUAUUCAUACUCGAUUUAAUAAACAUAGUAUCAUCAUUCGCAUAUCAUCUUUAUUGCUAUUUAUUCAGCAUUGUUUUGAUUUUAUUCUUCUAUGUUGUACUUUUUUCAUGGUCGACUCGUUUGAUAUUUCAUUCGCGUUUUUCAUAUCAGAUAUUUUCAAUGACAAAUAACCAGUGCAUUGUGUAGAUCUAAGACGAUCGGUCUGUAGGUGUCGAGUAAAGCUAUACUAGAUUUGAAUUCUAGUGUUCAUGAAAAACAACUCGGUGGAGGAUAUCAUAAAAGAAUAUAUUGCCUGCUCGUAAUGUAUUAUUUGUGUUUAUAGGGAUACUAAAGAUGCAAAUAAUAUAAAAAAGCACCAUAAGGAAGUAUUUUGAAAAAUUUAACUAAUCAUUAGUAAUGUUGGAAGCUAGAUCAGAAUCAGCAACAUGGCAAGGAAAAUCUACUAAUGGUAUACGACCUCCUCCUCACACUCCUCAUCAUCAUCAUAUGUCAGCUAUGAGGCCAGGUAAUAAAUCAAGUCAAGAAGAGUGUUAUGUAGUUGCAAAGUAUGAUUAUGUUGCUCAAAGUGCACAAGAACUAGAGUUGAGGAAAAAUGAUAGAUACCUACUGUUGGAUGACACAAAACACUGGUGGCGGGUACAAAAUGCUCGAGGAUUUUCAGGCUAUGUACCCAGUAACUAUGUAAAAAAAGAAAAGCCAUCUUUGUUUGACAGUAUCAAAAAGAAAGUAAAGAAAGGUGGGAGUACAUCAAGUACUGGUAGCAAAACUCUUCCAUGCAAUAGCUAUAAUAAUGGACGUACUGUAAGUGAAUCUCCAACCAUGGCAAGACGUUUGCCAGCUGAUCCUUCUGAAGCAAUUGGUACUGCUUUAGUAAAGUAUAACUAUCAAGCUCAGCAACCAGACGAAUUGUCCCUAAUUAAAGGAACUAGAAUAUUAAUUCUAGAAAAAUCUAAUGAUGGGUGGUGGCGGGGCCAGAGUGGAAAUUCAGCAGGGUGGUUCCCAUCAAAUUACACCCAAGAGGAGGAUAAUAAUGUGGAUGAAGGUCUUCACACUUAUGCAAUGGCUGAAAAUGUCUUAGAUAUUGUGGUAGCCCUUUAUCCAUUUAGUAGUUCUAAUGAACAAGAACUUAGUUUUCAAAAAGGUGACCGUUUAGAAAUACUUGAAAGACCACCAGCAGAUCCAGAAUGGUAUAGAGCUAGAAAUGGCCAAGGUCAAACUGGUUUAGUACCAAAAAAUUAUUUACAGGAAUUAAGUGAAUAUUUAGCUCAACCACUUAGUCAAGUAGCUACUCCUGGAAACACAAAAGUUGCUGAUAAACCUCAUUUAGUUGGAAAACCUUGGUAUUAUGGAGCUAUUACUCGAUCCCAAUGUGAUACUAUAUUAAAUAAUGGUGGUCAAGAUGGAGACUUCUUAGUUCGAGAUAGUGAAACAAAUGCAGGAGAUUACUCUGUGUCUUUAAAAGCACCAGGUAGAAAUAAGCAUUUUCGAGUUCAUGUUGAAGGUGCAUUAUAUUGUAUUGGACAGCGAAAAUUUCAUACACUUGAUCAACUUGUGGAUCAUUAUCAAAGAGCUCCUAUUUAUACAAAUAAACAAGGAGAAAAAUUAUUUUUAGUUAGACCACUUCCACGAGUAACUACAUCAUAGUUAUAAUUGAGAUGUUAGCUGAUCUGUUGAUAGAAAAAACUUAAUCAAGAUAAUUUCAAUAAUUUUUUUGUCAUUUUAAACAUAAUCUUUUAGAAUGUCUAACAAUGAGAUGAUGGGAUGCAGAAUUUGAUUAAUCAUCAGGUUUAUAUUUAUUAUAAUGUUAUUUAUUUAAAUAUCAUUCAUACAAUAGACUAGUCAUAUAUAUAAAUCAAUUCAAAUCUAAAAAUGACACAUGUUUAUUAUUCUUCUUAAGUUACUAUUUCAAAUUUCACUAAUUAUUGUUUAAUAUCUUUAAUGUCAUUAUUUCUUAACAUAUUUUUUUUAUUUCUUUAAUCAUUUGAAGUGUUGUAUCAUGAUAAGUAAUAUCUUAUUCAAACUAGUAAUAUAAGAAUAUUCUUAUUGAAAUAAAAAAAAAUUUAUAUAUGUAUAAAUACACAUUAUUGAAAAGCAAUUUGAAUCCCUGUAAAUUUUAAUUUUUAUAGUAGUCAUUUUUAUAGUUACUUUUCAAUAAUCUUAAUGUAACUACCUAGGGAUGCAGAUUUGCUAGUUUUUAAUUAUCUGCUGUGAAAAUGUGAUAUACAAUUCGUAAAACUUUGAUAACUAUUCUAUUAUUUAACUUACGAUAUUGUAGUAAUUAUUAACACAAAUUUUGUAUUAAGUAUGUGUAUAUUUUGUAUAAAUUAAUGAUUAAUUAGAAAUAAAUUUUCAUCAUUAUAGUUGAGAUGAAGAUUUAACUCCAGUUUAAAUAUAUGUGAAAUAUCUAAAAGAUUUCAUGAUUGAAAAUAUUAUACUUAGGUAUUUUCAUUACAUCCUACUUUUCAAUUUUAUAUUUAAAGUGGUUGUGUGGUAUAACACAUUAGUUAAUGUUUAUUAUUUUAUUUUUAAUAAGUGAAUCGUAUAAAUAUUUACUAGUCAAAAUGAUCAAUAUUAAUAAUUGAUAUAUUUAAUAAAAAAACUAUAUAAUUAAUAUAUAAAAACAAACUUAUUUCUUAUAUUUGAUCACAGUUAAUGUACAUCACCUGUAUUAAUUAAACAUUAUAAACAUCUAAAUUAACUAUAAUAUAGAUCUCGUUUUCGUAUGACCAGUUAUCAUGUUUAUUUUUUUUUCCAAUCUAAUUUUUUUUUUAUGUAAAUAUAUAUAUUGUAAUGAACUUUGUAUUAAUUUUAACAUACAUAUAUUAAUAAUGCUCUCUUAAAAAAUAUUACUCAAGCAUUUAAGUAAGGCUGCUGUUUUUUCUAUCUAAAAUUCAAAUAUUUAUUUUCAUUUAUUUUUUAUUUUUUGUAUUUAUUUUAAACAAUGUUCUAUUAAGUAUUUUUUUAAUUAACCAACAUUUAAUUAUUAAAUUUAAUUAGGAGUUGGAUUUAAUAGUUCUUCCUAUUAAUAUAUAAAUGUGUUUGUAAAACAUUCUUUUUGGAUGUUUGUAUUUUUGUAAAAAAAAUACUUUAAAAAUCAUUAAAAUUUAUAAGAAUACAACUUUUUGUAUGUGUUUAUUAUAAUUUCUUAUUAAAUACAUUUUAUACACA